CAGAACAGUACCUCAAGAAACCCACACAGACGCCCGCCACCCACACGCACGCACACCCGGACACACAACUCUCAGACACAUGCGCUUACACGUACAAUCCCACGCACACACACAUAGACACGCACCGCGCACAGACGGACACACACACACAGACACACACGCGCAGACACACAGACAUCCACGCGAACACGCGCAGAAACACAGACACACGACAGUCCGCCGCUCAGCUAGGCCCCCUUGACACACGCCAGUAUACAACAAAGUCAAAACUCACGCAAGGAAGGCAGAUAGCGAUGCCGAUGAGUGGAUGAGGAGUUCAGUGUGGGGCAAAAGGGCCCUUCCCUCAGAUCUCGUCCGUGGGGAAGGGGCGCACGUCUGGACCGACCUCACUCUUGCCGAGCACUGUGGCGGCAGCCUCACGCCUGACUGCACACGACAACAGAAUCCACCAACGGGCCACGAUGCGGCCCGUCGAAAAAUCCCUGUCGUCCUUGAAGUGUGCUUCCUUCACUGCCUUGCCUAACUUGUGCAGAAACUUCUCCAUUGUCGGCGACCAGCGGCCAUACGACUCAAAAACCAACGGCAAAAACGUGAACCCUCCCCGUGCGCAUGCAACCGCAUAUUUUGACCUCUUCUCAGCCUCCCUGAGUCGCAGGGCCGUGCCGGGGCGCUGGUUGGUAAGAUUUUUGGCCUCGCCCGGAUGGUCGGCGUGUGUAGGGUGGGUGCCCGCGACGUCUACCAUGAGCUUCGAGCCGUCGAUCUGCGUGAUCACCAGGUCCAUCCGCUUCUUGUCAUCGGUCGUUUGCGGGAAUGGACACAGGUAGUCACGCAGGGGCUGCUCUUGUUUCACGCUGGGGCAGUGGGCCUCCUUGCAGAUGCGGUAUACGGUCGCCUUGACGGCGUUGUGGCGAUCGGUCAGGUAGGCGCCGUUGAGGCACUUGGGCAUGUGGUCGCCGUGAGGGUCGCAGGGCUGAUGGCACGCUCCGCAUGUCGUCGGUGUCUUCACCAGGCCGAGGGACCACUGCGCGUUGAACACGAAGGUCUCGGGGGAGAGGGUCGUCUCCUUGCACGAGGGGAUGGCUUGCAGCCACGCUGACGCCCCCGAUCCCUUGCAGCUCUGCAGGCGAGAGCCGUCGGGCGUCGCCCACCCGCGGUGGCCGUCGAAACGCAUGGCGUCCAGGGUCGCCUGCAGGGAGGCGGACUCCUUCUGAUGGAUGCGGUGGGUCAGCUUUGACUGCAGGCCGCCGGCGAGGCGGAGCAUGAGGCUGCGGAUGUCGGGUAGGGGGUCGGAUUGCGGGGGAGGGGGGUAGACGGCGACGAGGUGGUCGUAAGCUGCCUGCAGAUCCUGCACCCAUUGCAGUGCUUCCAGCCCCGCUGCCCAUUCGCCGGCAUCCACGCCGCGCCCUCAUGGCGAGCGAGCACGUCAGCCAACACCACCGCACCCACGCCGAAGUAGGCUGCCGGUGCGAUCCGCGCCAUGUCGGUCAGGGCAAACCCUCCUUCGAACAGCGGCAGCUUGAGUUGGCGGAUGGUUUUGGACCGGAUGUCGCCGAGAGAGAAGAGGGUGCAGGCGGCUUGGAUGAGGGCACCUGUGUGUUUGUCGGCGGCCUCGUGCAGCGGGGGGGCGAAGGGGGCCGAGGUGUGGAUGUGGUAGUGGAACUUGGGCGUGGCGCAGAGGCGGAGCAGCUGGUAGGCGCUCUGCGGAUCCUCCAGCUGGGGGAGGCGGUCCAGCAGGUGCUUGGUCGGCUUGAGCUUCUUGGCAAAGUGUCGCUGCAUGAACUUCAUCGUGCCGAAUGGACAGCCGAGCACCAUCAACCCCUCGUCCCGCACAUACACACACCCUCGGGCAUGUUCGCCAGCCGGGCCAUGCCCUUGGUGAAGUGCUCGCCCCACACCUCACACUUCUCACGCACGAGUUGCUGCCGCACACGCGCGAGCUCUCGGUCAGCCACACUGAAGUCUUCCGCCACCUUAUCCUCGACCGUCCCGAUGAAGAUGUUGUCAGCAAAGGCGACUACUAGCCGACCUGGCAGCGCCGCUCUGAGCUUCUUCAGCAC